CAGACAUCGAGCGGACGCAAAAUGCGAGCUAUUCAUCUGACGGUCCUCGUCCUCGUCCUCUGGACGGACCUUUCCGGAGGCCGCACUGGCGUUCCCUCGAGCCCUUGUCCUCAGCUCUUUCAGUACUACAGAAGAGCAGACGAUCAGAUCUACGGCGUCCUCUUCAUCGACAAUCAGAGGUCGAGCGUCUACGAUCUGGAAAUCAAUAUGACGAUCCCCAUCCAGACUAAAAACAAUAUCGAGAUCAGGAGGAUCACCGAUAACACGCAGAUACAACUCGGCAGCAGCAUCGAGUACCAAGUUCACUUCCCCUACCAAGAAUCCGUUCCAAGAUUGACCAGCAUAUUCUUCAAUGGGAAUCUCCUAUGUUACGGACCGCGCGACGAAGCACCCAUUGUGACUUCGCUUUCUCGCAGGAACAUCCUUCGCGUCGGUCCUGUGGAUAAGUUGUCAGCGAGACCACCUCCGUCUCCGAAUCCAAGCUUCAACAAUCCAUUCAUCAAUAACUUCAACAAUUUCAAUUUGAACACGGUUCCACCGCCAUCGGAACCACCAGUUCUCGAAACGAACAUCAACAUUCCAGGAAGCCAAUGCGGUGAAACGAUCGGCUAUCAACCAUUAAUCUUCUCGGGGAAGCCCACGCACAGCGGGGAAUUCCCUUGGCUUGUAGCAAUGUUUUACUUGGCCGAAAAGGCUUACGCAUUCCGGUGUUCCGGAAGUCUCGUGUCCGAACGCCAUGUAGUCACUGCCGCGCAUUGCUUGAAAAUGCCCGACAAAGCCAUCAGCACCGAGGAAGUCCUGAUGGUCCUCGGCAAACACAACCUAAAGAAUUGGGCCGCGAAAUCGACGAUUGUCUCGGCUAGCAGAUUCAUCAUACAUCCGGAUUAUAAGACCGUUGGAGAUGCGGACAUUGCUGUAAUUGUCUUGGAACGCACCGUCCAAUAUUCACCGACCAUCAAACCUCUGUGUCUUUGGGAGGAGAACACCGGAUUGGAUUCCAUAAUCGGACACGACGGAAUCGUCACCGGCUGGGGUCGCGACGAAAGCGGAAAGGACACGGUGGAUGAACCUCUGCAAAUAAAAAUUCCGGUGGUCUCGCAAGAAACGUGCCUCAGAUCGGAUAGUAGAUUUUUCAAAAUCACAUCCUCGAGAACGUUUUGCGCAGGUCGAAGGGAUGGAGCGAUCCCAUGUACUGGCGACAGCGGUGGUCCUUUUUUCAUGCAACGGAACGGCCGUUGGGUUCUCAGAGGAGUCGUUUCAGCGGCUCUUGUCAAUUCCGAAACCAGACUUUGCGAUUCCAGUAACUACGUUGUUUUUUCAGACGUGCCCAAAUAUAGAAAGUGGCUGAACAAAGCAAUGGAAUUACUUUGA